CAUUCAUUUCAACGAGGAGUUUAGUCAUGAUGCCGCUCUGAAGUCACGUCUGUAAACGAAACGCGUGAGCUUGGUGGGUGACGAGGGUGCGAAAGGGGCGUGCUGGAAGCAAACAUCACAGGCUACCCGAUCUUUUGCCACAGUCCUGCCUCGCCAUUAAUCCUGCGUCUGACCGAAGCGAGGCUGUCCUGUCUUCCUCCCUCCCUCCCUCCCUCCCUCCUUUACCGGGCGCCAGACGCACUCCGGUGGCGGCGGUGGACCGUCCGGAUGUGAUCUCCGCGGCUCCCCGGGAGCAGGAAUGAAAGCCACACUGCCAUAAAGGAGCGUCGAGUCUCCGCGUCGGCCCCUUUUCAGCGGAGCGCUGACUUUGACCGGCGGAGAGAUGAGGAUUCCUCGGACCGAUUUAGCCUUGACAUUCUGGCUAUUCAUAGAGGCUGUAGAGGCCAAAAAGUACUGCUGGUAUUUUGAAGGCGGAUACCCCAUAUACUUCAUAUGUCGCUCAUACGAGGACUGCUGCGGGACUCGCUGCUGCGUGAGAGCUCUGUCCAUCCAGAGACUCUGGUAUUUCUGGGUGCUGCUGAUGAUGGGCGUGCUGUUCUGCUGCGGCGCCGGCUUCUUCAUCCGUCGAAGGAUGUACCCGUCGUCUCUGAGAGAUGAGCCUGCCUUCAACGUGUCCUUCACCAGACACGCCGUCACCACGCCAGUUUCCCAGCAGCCAGGAAGCGUGCAGGGCUUCAGUGUGAACGGGAUGACGGCCGGUGACCCCGCGCUCGCCAUGACGCACCCCGCGUACCCGCCGCAGCCCGGCUCCGCCCACAUGAUGCUGGCCCCUUACCCGCCACCGCCAUCUUACUGCAACCACCCACCACCGUCCUAUGAACAAAUUUUCCACAACGGGGACAAGAAGUAAUAUCUGCAAGCACAAAAAA